AUGAGGCUGUUCAAGUCCAACAAGUCGCAGGCCUCCAUAGAAGAUCGUUUGACGGGUUCACGCGACGGAAGCCCUACCGAUUCCGCCUACAAUCAACACGGGCAGCAGCAGCAUCAGCAGCAUCAGCACCACCACCACCAGCCUCACGCCAGCGUCUACGGUGGAGCCCAGUUUGAUCACACCCAGUCUGACCGCUUUCAGCGCCAACAACCGCAACAGCAACAACAGCAGCAGCAGUUGCAUCCUUCCCCUCCUUCAGAUCCCCCGUAUCAACCUGGUCCUCAAGAUCUUCAAUCUCUCCCUCACCCUCACCCCUCCCAGCAUCUGGGUCGCAGUCAGAGCGGUCGCUCCCCCUCCGCCGGUGACUUGUAUGGCGCACAACGGCCUGGAGUGAAUAUCGUUCCCCAACCUUCACAACAGCAGGUCAUUCCAGAAGGCCCUGCUCCCAUCCCCGGUCAGACUACCUUUGGCCAGUCCAAAAACGUUCGUGUCAUCGAAGAGAAGGCACACAAAAAAUCCAAGAGAAGCUUCAUCACCAGUCUGAUCAAGGACAAAUCCAAGGACGAGGACCGAGACCGUGAAAAGGACAAGGAGAACUCCCCAAUUGAACCACCACGCAAGGGCAUUGGACGAUCCAGUUCGGUCCAUCUAUUGAGAAAAACAAACCCUGAUCACACCCGCGAUUCCUACUCUCAGCAGAACUCCCCUCAGCAAUACAGCAACCGACACUCAGUCUUCUACCAAUCUCCCGACUCUUCAUACCCGCCCCAGUCUGAGGAUCUCUCUUACGACCAGUAUCAACAACAACGCGGGCCAUCCCAUCCUCAUACUUCUGGCCAGUACGACUCUCCUCAGAGCCAAAACACCCAACAAUCCGUUGAUUACGUAGAGGACGCCCCUGCUUUCAGUCCUCAGCAAGAACAAUAUCAGGCAUACCACGCCUCUCACUCCGCAAACAACUCGGAACAAUAUCUUCCCUACCAAAGCCAGCCUGCUACAGGUAACGAGGUGGGAUCGGGUCUAUACUCACACCUUCGUCCUCCCUCGCAAGCUUCUCUCGGCCCUCCCUCCCCCAUCAUCAGCCCCCCGCAAGUCGACUCACGCCCCUCUACCGGGGCUACCAAUACAAAUCGGUUCUCUGCUCAAUCGACCACUCAGCAAUCGACCCAACAGCAAGCCAUGGGUCGAGAUCGCGAUCGGGAUCAAGGCAAUGGAAGUCUAAGACAGCAACUUUCCCAGCGUGACCCUCGCACCGAUGAACUGGCUCAGUAUCAAGGUCAAAGUCAACAAGAUCCACGAGUAAGAAUGUCACAGCAGGUUUCCGAACAAGGUCGGAGCACUCCACCUCCUCGAAGUCGAGAAGAUAUCGGUCAAUUGGACUACCACCAAUUGCUACAGCGCCACGAAGAGCUUCAGGCAAAGUACUCGAAAGUUAAACGCUACUACUUUGAGCGCGAGGCUCAAGUGACCCAACUGCAGAACACCGUCGCCAACCAGAGACUGUCCAUGUCCAAGACAUCCCUAGAUGAUGCCCAGUACACAGCGCGCUUCGAAAGGCUGAGCAAUGCCAUCAACAAUCUUGCUUUCAACAUCCGCAAGAACUGGCGUGCAGUGCCUCCAUGGCUCCGUCACGUCUGUAACCAAGAUGCUCACUCCGUUGGUACCAAGGAGAUGACCGCGGUCGGCCGAGCAUGUAUCACACGUUGGUUGUUCGAAAGCAUUUUCGAACGGACGUUCCAUCCUGGUAUCGAUCCCGGCUUGUCUGCCCAGUUGAAGAACGUUGAACGCAACCUCCGCCGUUCAGGACAAGCCGGUCUCCUCCUGACCGAUGAACAACGUGAUGACCUCACCACCAAGAUCACCACCUGGAGGCUCACCACGAUCGAAGGUCUCGGGGAUGUCCUCACCUCUGCGCAAGCCGAGCAAUACACCGAGAAUCUCAACAAGAUGUUUACGCACCAGUUGACCGAGUCUCUCAAGGCAAAUCUCACCGACCCUCCACCGCCAGGUCUCUCCGAAGGUGUGGGCAUGAUUGUUGGCCAAGCAGUAGGGAUCGCCGCCAACAUCCCCUUGGAAUCUCGUGAUAUCUGCAUCGAAUAUUUCAUGCCUGGCACACCUGUGAACGAGACGUACAUGAAAAUCGAGCCUCAAAUGACGCCCUUGACCAACCCUGGCCCUGAUGAACGCCUGCUCGCCAUGCAAGCCCAGCAAGCCAUGCAAGACGCCCAGGAUGCCGAAAGCACAGCCAGCACCGACGACGGACCUCGUGACCGCGAUGUUGAGGCCGAAAUUCGCGAGGCCGCGGGCAAAGCCGCAAGCCAGUCCACACAACCCCCCAUUGGAGGCCCCGCUGGAGGUCCAGGCGGCUCUCAGGGUGAUCGACGCAACGACUCUGCAAGCUCUCAAGCCACCGUCAAAGGCUCCUCUGGUGACAGCAAAUCCAAGAAAUCCUCCUUCCUCGGCGGAUUCGUGUCGAAGAAACCUCCCUCGGGUUCGCGCAACCCUGCAUCCGGGCAAGACCGCGGCGAGACAGGCAGCAACGCCUCAGGCGACCGCGACCUCGACCAACAGCCACAUCGUGGCGGUGUCAGAGAGAGCAUGGCGGUCGACCCGAGCCAGCUCGGUGUGCCCCCACCAGGUGCCAAUGAAGGCCGCAUCCGCUUCGCAGCGUUCUUGGCCAUCGAGGUCAGGGGUAAAGGCCCCGGUGCCAAUAACAACAACGCCGAUAGGCAGGCUGCCGGUGGCAAAGAGCCUGGCAGCGCCGCCACAGGCUCGAACAAAGAAAGUACAGUCAACGUCCUCUUCAAAGCCCCAGUUUACGAGUAUUAA